AUGUCGACUCACUUCAUGGCGUCGUCUUCACUCACGCCGAAAGACACCGCACUGGGUGUCGUUGGAAAUACGACAGUAGUCCGGCUUUGUCGCGUCGUGCCAGCAGACCAUGCUCAGGUCUUCCUGAAGCUCGAGUCCUUGAACCCGACCGGCUCUUACAAGGAUCGCAUGGCCAAAUCCAUGAUCGAAGAAGCCGAACGCCGUGGGGACCUGAAACCGGGUAUGACCGUCGUCGAAGCCAGUGGAGGUAGCACAGGCUCCUCGCUCGCAUUCGUCUGUGCGGUGAAAGGCUGUCGGCUCUUGGUAGUCUCGUCUAAUGCCUUCGCGAUGAGCUGGCGCUGAGCUGGCGCUGAGCUGGCCCGCUCUGGCUCCUAUAGUAC